AUCGGGACUGGGGGAGCUGUUUCUCAUAACCCAGAGGUGAACUUAGGAGAUUUGACUAAGACUGUAUAGAACCGCGAAUAAACCAAAGUGGUUAAAGACGGGCUACAGCUGAAUCCACGACUUAACCAAGUUGUCAGUAUUGUUAAGUUGUCUCCUGUACUGAGAAAAGCUGCUCUGUUUUUACAAAUUGUCCUGUUUCAUAAAUCCUGAUGUUUGAACAUCUUAGGUUGGGAAUGAUGGACCCAAUGCCAAUGACAUAUCCAUCUGUGGUUCAUGUGAAGCCAGAAGAAUACAGGGUGAUAUGUUCACCACCAAAUAAACUGUAUUCACUACCAAUAGAAGAGCCAGUGGACCUUUCACUCAACAAGAGAAGCCCACCCCCUUCUUUAAGAAGCUCCCCUUCUUCACACCGUUCCUACACUACACUUAAAACUGCCUCUUGUGCGAUGCCACCCAGCCCACCUUUGAAAAGGUUCUCAGAGUCGUCGUCGAUGCCACCGCUGUCAAUGCCAGUGACAAUACCUACAGUUCUGGCUAUUCCAGCCCCUGGACUUGUCAACUCAGCUAUGCUGCCUUUUCUUCAACCAUUAGUGGUUCAGCCACUUCCCUUCGUAUACCCUCAACAAAUGCAGCCACCAACUAUUAUUUCCACUGGUUUGAAGGAUGAGCUGAACACUUCCAUUGGCAAACAAGUGUCUAUGAUGGAACAUUGUGAUGACAUGCUGCUGAAGCCGAUUAAAACUGAGCCUGGCACUGACUACCUGAUUGACAGCUACCCAGAUGAGGUGACAUCUUCAGUCAGUCCCCCCCUUUCAGUGUUUUCACAAGAUUCCAAUCAAAGCACAGACACUAACAUAGUUCGUCAGUAUGAGACGCAGCCAGGAAGCCAUGUGUUUGGACGAUGCCACACUCCUUCAGUCAUCGUUCCUCCUGUAAAACGUCCUCUACCACCUGAAUCACCAGAUACACAAAGAAAAAGAAGGAUACACAGAUGUGACUAUGAUGGCUGUAAUAAGGUUUACACAAAGAGUUCCCACCUGAAAGCACACCGAAGAACACACACAGGGGAGAAGCCAUAUAAAUGUACUUGGGAAGGCUGCACAUGGAAAUUUGCUCGCUCUGAUGAAUUAACCAGGCAUUACCGUAAGCACACUGGUGUCAAACCCUUUCAGUGUCCAGACUGUGAUAGAAGUUUUUCCCGGUCUGACCACCUUGCCCUUCACAGGAAGCGACAUAUGCUGUUGGCCUAAACUUCUUUCUUGACCUUUUUGUUAAUUAGAUUCAGCGGGUCUGAAUCACUGCAUUCCACUGAAAAGCAUUUAUAUGGUCAGUAAGAUGUGUGUAACCAAGCUUUCUCUCUGUUCAUUUUUUACCACGGGUCAGACCUAAAGAAUGUGAACAUUUCUUGUGGGGCUACCAGGCAAAGCCCUGGCUGAUGACAGUAUACAGAUCUGUAUGAGCACACAUGCAUACUAACAGCCUUGUGAACAGUGAUUCGGACUCCUAAUAUUCAGUCAUUACGUGUAUCGAUCAUCUGUUUACCUUACUGAACAGCAUUAGUAAGAUGUUUUCAUCCAUGCCAGAGAUUUCACUGUUUGUGACCUGCAGGAAAAUGAGUAAUGUCAUCUGCUAAACAUUAAUCCCUUUUGAAACCAGUGUUUGAAGGUUAUUGAUAAAGUCAUAGUUGAAGGAGAGUUUCUGCAUUUGCAAAUCCUGUCAUUGUGGCUAGUAUUUUGGGGGGGGGGGAUUACACCUGAAAGCCUUUCACCUACUUACGCUGCUUGUCAGAACAUGAAAAAGGUUUAACGGUGGGCUUGUAAAAUGCUUUUCAGUGCAGGUAUGUCAGAUGCAUCAACCUGUUUCACUGCAUUUCUGUUCAUCUCUCAACAAAACAUCUAUAUCAAUAUCUUCUCAGCAGGCAUUCUAAAGUGUUUACUUACAGUUCACCUCCGAGGUUCGUACAGCUACUGAAACUACUACUACCAUCACCAACAAACUUCUGGAUCUGCAUAGUUAACCUUCUGUUCUUCUAAAAAUGUUGACUGUAGGAGUACAUUUAACCCUUCAAGACUAAUUAAUAUGAAAUGUGAGUGCAUGUUAUAGUUAUAUCCAAGAUGAAGUGUACACAAGAGUGAAUAAGUAAAACCACUGAAUGUGUUGGUUCAUUUUUAGCCUGUACUCUUUUUUUUCCAUGAUUUGCUGACAUUAUUCUUUCACUUUCACCAAUGGAAUUUUAACUUACUAGUGUAAGACUAUUUGCAUUUUUAAAUAGCUUUUGAAAUAUGCAUUUAUCUGUCACAUGUUUAGAGCAUCCUGAGUUCUCGUUACCAAAUCUGUGUGUCAUGUUUCUUUGUAAAUGAAAAUGGUCACUUACUACUAGCUAGCCUUUUUUAAUGUGUACAGUUACAUUUGGCGAGCUUACUGCCAACAUUUUGUCUCUGUUUUUAACAUGUCCUCAUGUAAGUGGAUCCAAAGCUAAUAGUAGUAUCCACAUUGUGUAGCUGUUUGCAUUCAUUUGGAAAUUUCCAUGUAAAUUCUUAGUUCCUGUUAUAAUCUUGACUGGUCAUUUACAGUUUGCCUAAUGCUGACAUGCAGAUCAAAACUUUAAAGUAUUGAUUUUUUUUUGUGGAUGAACAUUAAGUAUAGAAAGCAUUUUUAUGCAACACAGUUUGGCAGAAUAGAAUGAUGGUCUGAGGUAAACUAAUACACACCUGCAUAAUGCUUUCUGCAUUGUAUGCUGCAAUGUCAUCAGAAUUAUUUUUGAAAGGCAUAGCACCAUACUGGUGACAUUAUUAUAAGAUAAUUUAAUCCAUAGGUGCAUAGGUAUAAUAGAUGUAAGAAAUAAUUGAAGAAAUGCUGUGUUGGCACACAAACAGAAAAAGCGGAGACAUUGGAACACAGAAGUGAUGAAAUACCUUUUAUUGGACCAACAGAGGUUUUGUAAUUACUCCUAAUAGAAUAAUUACAAAAACCUUUGUUGGUCCAGUAACAGGUGUUACAUCACAUCUGUGUUCCAGUGUCUUUGUAGUGCAAAAGAUGUAAUUUUCAAUAUUUUAACAAGAUACUUUUUGAAAUAAUAGAUUUGCACCUUGUAGUGUGUGUUUAUUUGUUGUCACUGACCAGGCUAGCUGGAUGUGAUGCUUGGAAGAAAUAUGCAAAGAAAAUACCAUAUUGUAUUUUGAUGUGCAAGGAGCAGCACUUUGACAUAAAUGUCAUAUUUAUGCAGGUGACUAUGUCAGAGUAUCUGUAUAUUGAGUUUUGUCCUACAGAACUGGUUCAGGUAUUGUUUGCAAAGGUUAUUUUUCAAAUAUUUGCCAGAUGUGAUUUGUCAAUGUGUAUUUGCUAAUACUGUUAAUGCUGCUAAUCUGUACUUAGCUUCUAGCCACAGUUUCGUUCGCCCCAUAAAUAUCACUUUCUUUUCUUUACUUGUAUGAAAUUUGCCUGGAUAACUGACUGUAGAAAUUACCAUGGCUGUUAGUUUAUCUUUCUCAUUGCAUUCUGCGUUAGUGUCAUGUUCUCUGCACAUAUGACAGAGCAUCGACUAUAUGUAAUAAAUAGUAAAGUUAUGGAAUUUUGUGGCCUUGGGCCCAUCUCAGAAUUCCACCAUCUUGCCAGCUUAAGUAUGAAUACCACCACUGCACCUGUACUCUUUAAGUGGCCACUUAGCUCUGCCGGUAGACUGGUACCUCUUAAUCUUUGAUGUGAUUGGACAGUGGAGACUUUCAAGCAUAGUCUGUUGUUGCUGGGAUGGUAGUUGUGUCUGCCCUGUGGUUCCAUCUCAGGUAUUUGUUAAUGCAGUGCUGCCAAAUGGCUGGGCAUGUGCAUCUUUCUGUAAAUAGGCCAACACAGAUGCCAGUUUGAAGUAAUAUAUACUGGAUUCUGAACUCGCUGCCAACUAUGUCUGUGGUAGGAGGUGGUAUGUAUCACCAAGACCCUUAGUAGUGUUUUGUGUUUUUUUCUGUGAUCCAAUAUUAUCAGCUAUAAAGCUGCUUGUGGAAUAGGCAUCUUAUUAUGAAAAACAUUUGUGAAAGAAAACACAAUCAGAUAAUAUGAAGACAAAAAAAUGACUAGUAAUGUCAAAUGAAAUCCUACUAAAUUAAGAAGUGACUAAGAUACUGAGUAGUGACCCAUGAAAACAGUUUGUUGUCACAUGGCACUAUUCAUACAGUACUUAGCAAAAGGAAAUUCAGUACAAAGUAAGGCAGUCCCACGUUUAGAAAUAUUCAGAAAUGCUCAUUUACAAGAAAGUAUGGUGCAUAGUUGUGCUAUUAGUGCCUCAUUAAAUAAAUCUAUUAUGAUUCAGUACUAGUACUUCAGAAUGUUGUGUUUUAAGUGACCGUGCAUGUUUGUGAGAUUCCUAAAUCUCUUUAGGAUCAUGCUUUGUGGCUUUUGAAAAGUCAUGAGGAGUUAUGGAGCACUUUUAUCUCAUUUUCAUGGACUUUUAGCAGUUUACACUUUCAUUAGCAAGCACCAUGUUGGAAGGCUUAACUUAUUGUAGUACUUUCAGAACUGAUGGCUACCUCUGUCAUUGCCCAGUUUAGGGUAAGCAAUUUAUUUUUUCUAGCUGCCAAAUUCUAUAUUCCUUUGUAAAAGAUAAAUGCAGUUCUGUUGUGCAUGUGUCACUAGAAAUUACUGCAGAGUAUUUUUGUAUUCAUCUGUUGCAAUGCUUUAAACAACUGUGAUUAUGCAGUUAAUUAAGUAAAUAUCUAUCAAUUUUAGUUAUACAGGUAUAGCAUAAUUGGACCACUGUAGAAUUAUCUCCCAACUGCCAAACCAAGUAAUGUAGUACUUUUUAAUAAAGUAUACUUUUUUAUUAUAGUAUACUCAUUUUACUUUAUGGCACUUUUUGAGUAUUAUUCAUACGCUAUGGUAUGUAAGUAAGCAUCAAGGAAAGAACCAGUCACUUUAGCGGAAUGGCUAAAUAAAAGGAAUGUUUAUGUUUUAAUCUAUAAGAAAGAAACUUAGCAGGUGUUAGUAAACAUAUGGCAGUUUUUGAUUGAAUAAGAUAAUGUGCAGGAAAGUUAAGUCAUAUUUGACUUAGAAUACCUUACUUUCCUUGUUCUGACAUGUUUCUUCAAAGGGAUAUUGGAUAGGAUACCAGCUAAAACAAUUAUUUAGGUUAAACAUUAAAAUGUGAAUUUCUGUUUUAUGUGGGGCAUUAUAGUUUCUGAAUGAGUUUUGGUUGGGGUAAUAUUUUAUUAGUAUAAAUAAUGUAUAGGACAGAUUAGAGGUGCUAAGCAAGUAGAAGUUUUGUAAGUUACUUUUUUUUUCCAAAGUAACAGAACAACCAGGCAGUAUAGAGAUACUCUUAAACUGUACUGUAGUGUUUAUAAUACUUUGAAUAUUUUGAUCUAGUAUGAAACCAUUUAAAUUUAGACUUCUAUUUGGAUCAACAAGCAUUUUGGCAACAGAGAGCUUCAGAGGAGGAUUGAAAAUUAUAGGAAGAUGUACUUGCAUGCAUUUGCUCAUAUAGACUCACACACUCUCACACACACACACCAUGCACAUACAUACACACACACACACACACACACACACACACACACACACACACACACACACACACACAGACACACACAUUUGUCUGUGUGUAUACAUGCCUGUGUGUAUGCACAUAUGCUAGUGAGUGAGUAAGCAUAAUAAAUAUUUGCUAUGCAUGUAUAUAUAAACGUGUGUGUGGGCGUGUUUGUUCAUGUGUCAACUAGUAAAUAAACAGAAAUAUAGAUGAUUUUUGGGAGAGGUAUUUUUAAGUGCAAAACAGCACCCAUUUAGAUAUGAAGUUGUCCAAACAGGAUAUCCUGUGCCAGGUAUGGAAGUUGAAAUGCCUGAUGAACAUUAUAUUGAGUGUGUUAUAUUUUGUUUCUGGAAGACAUGAUGCACAGUAGAAUCAGAAAAAAAAAAUGGUUUGCAUUAGUUUAUGUAAUUCAUUUAGAAACACUGCAUUCCUGAAAAGUCAUAAUUUUCUCUUGGCCACAGUAUUUUGAGGUUGUUCCUGUAAUGCAGUAUCUUUUAUCAUAUUUCCAUAUCCCAUGACUGACAUUACUUACCUUGAAGCAAACCUUAUGAGUUUUGCAGUAAAAUAUUGUAAGGGGAUAAUAUGUAUACAAGUUGUCUGAAGUUAAACAGUUUGUUUCCUAGGUGUGAUGUGUGCCUGUGAUAUAUUGACAUGUGCACUGUGUUGUACCACUGGUCAUAACCUCCUGGUCAUAAAAGGAAGCUGUAUCUUUCAGAAAAAUUAUUGUGUAUGCCAGUUUUGCCAUUGUCAAGACCUACUUAUUUUUAUUCUUAUGAGGUAACCUUUAAAAAUAGCACAUGCUGUCAUAAUUAAGUGGUGUUCUGUUGAGUGUUUAGUUCAUUUUUUGUGCAAUUUCAACCUCUGACAGCUAAAAUGUCUGGAGGCUGGACAUCAUUAUAGGAAAUAUAUUCCCAUUUUUUUGUAAAAAUACACAUCUUAGCACUUUUUUGCUAUUUAUAGACACUUUAUCAUUAGACAGACAAAAUAUGUCUAUCUCCCUGCUUAGCAUCUCUUGAAACAUUUAUUGUAAAAUUGCAGACUUUAUUAUGGACACUUUUUCACUAUGCAGAGAAUUUUCAUAAUGUAAUAUAUUUUGUAAAGCUGUUAAGACUGAAUGGGUAAUUUCUGGUUUCUAGCAUGCCUUUGGAUUUUAUUGCACCAGAUAUUGGAACUUUUUUUUUCAAAUAUGUCUUAUGAAAGAUGUGAAUUUUUAUGUGGUUUCACUUUUUAUGAACACUUCUAGAUUGGUAGUCCAAUGGGAACUCCGUAAUGACAUUUUGUCAUGACCAACUGUGAACACAAAUUUGUACUGUACAGUCUUUUUAUUCUAGAUAAAGAAAAUAUAUAAACUAUGUAUAAUAUACUUGUUAAUAAAACAUUAUGAAUAUAA